AGAAAGAAAGAGGAGAAGAAAUGCAUGUAACAAACUGAUUGCUCUGUAUUCAUUCGUAUUAGGAAAAUAUUCAGAGUUGGCAGCUCCGAUUAGAAAUUGUCUAAUCGAGAUUGCGUAUAGAACAGAAGUUUUUGAGCUAGUCUAGGAGAUAUCGGCCUCCUUGAAGGUGGCGCUUCAUGCUGCUCCUACUGAACAGUUCAGGUCUUAGUCGAAAAGGUUCAGACCAAACUAUGAAAUGUGAUUCGCAUGGAAACUAUUUCAAUUCGUUACAUACACUAUUACAAGCGAGAUACAACCUAAGAAUUCUCUUCAAACAGCCGAGGAGUUAAAGAGUUAAUUGUGAUAGUUAUGGGGGACAUGGACAAAGCAUCCCUUCGUGCAAACAUCGUGGAAAGAAAAAGAUUUGAACAACUAGUAAGUAUCUACGAAAGCUCAAAACGGAACUUGAUUUCUGACAUGCGCAAAUCGCAGGCGUCAUACCGGCGGAAGUUGAAAGUUUACCGGGAAAGAAAACGAGAGAUAAUUAUGUCGAGGUCUAAGAACUCGGACUCCGCCAUGGAAGAAUUAUUUUUGGAGCAGAUGAGAUCGCGAAAUCAUGUCGGCCCUAGACCAAUGAUCAAAUCAUUGACCUCAAUCAAUGGAAACGAGACGGUGGAACCUUUGUCAAGGCACACCACCUUGGUGUCUGAUUCCAUAGAGCCGGACGAUGACGGUUUCAAAAUAUUUAAAUCUAGACUUUCGGCAUAUACAUCAGAAUUGAAUAACUCUUCUCCAAGAAGCAAAUCUAAUUCUGAUUCGGGAACAAAAGAACAGCUGACAUCUAAUGAAUUAAUCAUCACAGUUGAGGGUGUCGUCAAAACCUCAGAAACUGAGGGAUCCCCAUCUGAUAGAAAACAUCUACUGACAGUGAAAACAUUACCAGGCAGAAAAAAUGCGACUUCAUUACCUUCACCUUCCCAGACGUCAGCCGAUACACAAGAUUUACAAACACUUUCAACAGCAGACGUCAAGCCCAGUACAGCUCCAACAACAAAGGCCAAUCCAAACUGGGAAAAGGGACACGUAAGAUCAUCUGCGCUGCCAUCGAUUCAAAGAGCUGGUUUACGCGAGAACUCGGCUAAUCCAGAUGAGAUUGGUUUUGAAAUGCCAAGGUCUUCUAGCAGACAAAGGUCAAGACUAGAUCUUCGUCCAAGAACUGCCUGGGAGCUUUUGAAUUUGGAAAGAGUAACAGAUGAUAGAAGACAAGCUGGCAAUAGGGAGAGAUUUCAGAAAAAGCUGGCUGGGAACUAUCGUCAGAUUGUUUACUUAGACAACGACGAGUUACAGGAGCGUGGGACAUUCUACAAUUACUUGCUGAAGGGUCGUCUGGAAAGAGAACAUUCUAGGUUCGCCGACAUCUGCCAUAAGGUCCAAGACUUUUGUCGUAGUCCUGGUUUGUUUCUGGUUGUCAAGGACGCCGACACUUUGCCUGUCAAUACUCUUGGAGAAAGACCGCUAUCUAACAGACGCUAUUCCAUGACGCCAACUCCAAACACAAAGGGCAUGCCAAGGAGAACAGCGUUGAAGCAAUUCUAAUACGAGAAACUGCUAAAGUAGCUUCUCUUGCAAUGUAUUAAAAAGAAAAAAAAUGUCAACGUGUUA